AUGGAGAUACUCACUGCAAUUAUUCCUACAAUAAUUGACUACACAAUUAGACCAGUUGCACGCCAAGUGGGUUAUAUCAUUUUCUACAAAUGCAACCUUGAAGAUCUAAAGAGUGCACGGGAGAAAUUUGAUGCUGUCAAACAAAGGAUGAAGCAUAAGGUUGAAGACGUCGAAAGAAAAGUUAAUCAAAAAGUGGAUGCUGAUGUCCGGAACUGGCAGACAGAAGCAGAUGAGAUCUCUCGAGAGGCAGAUGCAUUAUUGGAUGAUGUAGGCCCUGCAAAGACAAAGUGUCUCUAUAUAUGUCCUAACCUGAUAUCCUAUCAUCAGCUCAGCAGAAAAUCAACUAAAUUGGUGAGAAAGAUUGAAGAACAUGAAAAUAAAAAAGAGUUUCCCAGUAUUUCUUACAAUGUUGCCGUGGAAGACAUAUCUGCCAUAGCCUCCGACGAGUACAUGGCCUUCGAAUCAAGGACUUCAAUGGUGAAGGAAAUCAUUACGGAACUGAAAAAACCUGAUAUCAACAAGAUUGGUGUGUACGGAUUACGGGGCGUUGGGAAGACAACACUUGCCAAAGAGGUUUACAGAGAAGCUGUGAAAGAGAAGUUAUUUGAUGAUGUGGUUAUAAUACUAAAUGUCAAAGAAAAAAAAGACAACGAAGAAAUUCAAAAAGAAAUUGCUGAAAAGUUUGAUAAGGACGUUGAUGAAUCUCUGAAAAUAGGAACAAGGGCGAAUCUCCUAUGGGCCAAGAUAAAAGAUAGGAAGACUCUUAUCAUUUUAGAUGAUGUUUUGGGAAUAAUUGACUUCGAGGCUGUGGGACUUGUUGGUGUGCCGACUUGUAAUUUAUUGUUGUUAACAUCUGGAGAUCAAACAGUUCUCUCUGGGAUGGGCAUGCAAAAGUGUUUCCAACUUGGCAUUUUAAGUGAAGAAGAAACUUGGAGGUUGUUUGAGAAGAUGGCAGGUGACGUGGUUAAAGACAACCGUAUACGGAAAGUAGCAACCCAACUAGCAAGAAGAUGUGGAGGUUUGCCGGUUUUAGUUGUUACAGUUGCAAGGGCUUUAAGAGAAGAUAGUUGUUUAGAGGUAUGGAAAGAUGCCUUGAGGCGCUUCAAAAGCUUUGACAAGGACGGACCAGCAGAAAAAGCAAAAUUGGCUAUAGAGUGGAGUUACAAUCGGUUGAAGGGUGAUGAGCUUAGGCCAUUAUUCUUGCUAUGUGGAGUUAUUGCAGGGGGGAGCUGUAGUAUUUCUCUCAGUGACUUGUUCAAGUAUAGUAUGGGUUUGGGUUUGAUAAAAAAUGUUGAUACAGUGGAAGAUGCACGGAAUUCAUUGCAUGCACUGGCUGCAAAACUAAAAAAUUCUUGCCUAUUGCUGGAUAGUUACAACGAUAAUAUUGUUAGAAUGCACGAGCUUGUUCGAGAUGUUGCUAUCUGGGUUGCAUGUGAUGAUAAUAAGGUCUUUUCAAAAGCAUAUGGAGAUGAGGUGAAAGAAUGGCCCGCUGAGGAUUUAUUUAAGAAGUACACUAUGAUCUCCUUAAUAUCUUGCAAAAUCCCCAGACUUCCUGAAGUACCUUGGGAAUGCCCAGAAUUAAAAUUGUUGGUCUUGGAGAAUGAUGAUAUUGGCGACACCGAGGAAAUCCCAAGCAAAUUUUUUGACGGGAUGAAAGAACUCAAAGUGUUGGAUGUCAGCGGAAUCCGUAUUCCGUCGCUACCUCCGUCUCUUCUAUCCCUAAAGCAUCUCCAGACAUUGUGUUUAGAUCGGUGCGAGUUGGUAGACAUAACUCUUGUUGGACAGCUAACAAACUUGAAAAUUCUUAGCCUCCUAAAGUCCAAGAUUAAAGAGUUGCCCAAAGAAAUAGGGCAAUUGACUCGGCUACAAUUAUUGGAUUUGACCGGUUGCUCUGAACUUGUUCUGAUCUUGCCUGGCGUUAUAUCAAGCUUGACAAAACUAGAAGACUUGAGGGUGGGACUAAAAAGCUUCAAGCGAUGGGAGGGUGAAGGUCCCACUAGCGGAGGCAGUAAUGCUACUAUUUCGGAGCUGAAGCACUUGGCUGAACUAACUGCAUUAGACAUACAUGUUCCAGAUGCUAACCUUCUUCCGGCCAACUUGUUCUCCGAUAAGUUAGAAAGAUACACCAUACUUAUUGGUAAUUGUUGGGAGUAUCCUAACACGUACGAAACCUCCUCUAACAUGCUAAAACUCAAGCUCACCAGGAAAAAUCAAUUCGACCGAGGUAUAAAGUUGCUGGUAAAGAGAUGUGAGCAAUUGUACUUGGAUGGGAAGGAGAGUGGGAAUAUUAUUUCCUUUCUAUUUGACAGUGAUGCUGUGAAACAACUGAAGUGUCUCCAUGUCCAAAACAACAACGAAGUUACAUAUGUCAUUAACUCCAUCGAUUGGAGUUACUCUCAGAAUGCCUUCCCCAACCUAGAAUCUCUAUGUCUUGAAGAUCUUGUGAGGUUGGAAAGUGUAUGUUAUGGGCAACUCGAAGAUGAGCCAUUUCAAAAGUUAAAAUCUUUGACACUGUGGAAUCUACCAAAACUUAUUGGUUUCUCUUCCAAUUACAAGAAAUUAACGACUGACACAGAAGCCGACGAAAUCGUGUUGGAGGAUGAAAUUGGUGGACCACCUAAACUUUUCAAUAAUGAGAAGGUUAUGAUGCCCAACUUAACAACUUUGACUGUGCAUCAAUGUGAUAGUUUAAGAUUCUUGUUUUCAAGUUCUAUGGCUAAAUGUCUUAGACAACUCAAAAUCCUCAAGAUAUCCAAUUGUCAAAUCAUGGAAGAGAUAGUGGGAAAUGAGGAGAAUACAGAUGACAUGUUUGAUAAGCUACACCGUCUAGAGCUACAACAUCUUCCAAACCUCGUUAGAUUCAGCUCAGGAAGUUACAUUAAAUUUCCGUCUUUGGGGUAUUUAGAUCUAGACGAUUGUACUAAACUGGAGACAUUCAUCUUUGAUGCUAAGAGUGAAAAUAUUACAACCAACAAAGAAGAAAGAGAUAUUGAGCUCUUUGAUGAAAAGGUAGGAUUUCCUAGCUUGGAGAUCUUGUGCAUAUGGGACUUACCUAAGUUGAAGACAAUAUUCCACAACCAACUUCAUUCAGAUUCUUUUGGCAAGCUCAAAAUUAUGGAUGUUCGUAGAUGCCACAGUUUGAUUAAUAUCUUUGGGCCAAGUAUCAUGGGAAGAUUGAAUGCUCUAGAGAGAUUACAAAUAGAGCAGUGCCAGUCACUACAAGUGGUAUAUGACUCAUCAUCUACCACUCAGUUGAAUGGUUUUGAGUGCCCAAAUCUAAAUUCAGUUUGGAUAGACUCAUGUGAGAGUUUGAAAAAUGUAUUUCUCGCCUCAGUGGCCAAAGAUCUUAAGCAACUAAAUGAGUUCAGGGUCAAGAAUUGUGGUUUAAUGGAGGAAAUUGUUGUGAAGGAAGAAGGACCACAAAUGGCAUACGAGGAGUUCGAGUUCCCUAAAGUAACAACUAUGAUAUUUGAUAAUAUGCCCCAACUUCGGAGUUUCUAUCCAGGACUGCAUGUUUCUAAUUGGCCAUCACUCAACAAAUUGAAGUUCAUUAAAUGUGGUGGUGUGGAGAUUUUUGCUGCUGAAUUUUCAACAUAUCAAGACAAGUUUAAGUUGAGCCACCCAAUGCCAAAGGAACAACCUUUCUUUUUAAUUGAGAAGGGUAAGUCAUUCCUCAACUUGGAAGUGUUGGUAUUGAACGAGAACAUGGAGAUUUGGUAUGAACCGUAUGGUCCACUCCCGACAGAGUUUUUGAGCAAAUUAAAGACAAUUUGUUUUGCUACUUCACAUCCCAAGUCAGAUGUUUUCUUUGAGAAUUUACAGAAUAUUGAAAUGCUUGUUGUGCUCUCUGCUCCUUGGAAAGAAUUAUUUGUCCACGACCACCAAGGAAGUAGUAGAGGGGAAACACAUGAAGUUGAGACCCUCCCACGUGUAAAGGUUUUGCAGCUCAAAGAAUUGCCGGAGCUGAUUCAUCUAGGAAUGGAAAACUCCCAACCAGGGGGCCCUGUUUUUCCAAACUUGGAAGUUCUAUUUUUGGAAAAAUGUGGCAGAUUAGAGAAUCUAGCUUCAACUUUGAUACCCUUUCGGAAUCUAAGCUUUUUGGUCAUACAGAGUUGUCACGGACUGCAAUACUUAAUACCUUAUUCCGUGGCUAAGAAUUUGCAGCAACUCAUGAGGUUGGAAGUUGUGUCCUGUCAAAGAAUGGUAGAAAUAGUAGCGAGCAAGGAAGAUGAUCCAGAAAAUGAGAUUACUUUCAGUUGCUUGCAAUGUUUGAAGCUUUCUGGUCUACCAAGUUUGCAAGGCUUUUGCAGGGGAAAUUGCAUUUUCAAAGUCCCAUCCUUCAAAACUUUGUUUGUCGAGGACUGCCAGCUGAUCGACUUAAAGAUUUCUUCUGAUGGGUUACUCCAAAGUGAUCCAAGACCAGGAAGACUACAAAUAGCUAAGUGAUUCAGAGGAGAAUGAUCGUGAUCAAACUGAGCAGCUGAUGAUUGCAGAUUCAAAUGUAGAUGUUACAAUUGCAGGACUCUCUGCCAAAAAGGAAUCCUCAUCUUUUGCCUAGCGUGUUAAGGUUUUCCGAUUGUGUGCAAUUGCGUGUUUGUUCGUUAUUUUCCUCUUCCUUUUGUUUUUCCUUUUCAAGGAAGAAAUAUUAGCCUGGAGAGCAGACUGGAAGGCACUCUGAUUUUCCUUGUUACUUGCUCUAACUAUUCUCUGUGCAAUUUGAGAAGGCACUGAAUCAUAUUCCACGACAUGUUAUGCUUGUAUUGACUUGUGUGUUUCGUCGUAAUAGUGUGAUUUGUAUU